CAACUUCGGUAAAUCUUUAGUGAGUAGCAGUCUACAUUAAUAGACAAAGAUGAGCUCGGCAGUGCGUAGGCUCGCCCCAGCGCUCCUUUUUCAAGCUGCGCAAACCCGCGCUGCUGGGCUUCAGCCAGCGGCAUCAGCACGCUUCCUAGCUAUCGGGCCCACCGAUCAGCCUCACACGAACUCCAAUGGAGGGCGCCCAGGAAUCCUGGCGGCGGCGGCUGCGCUUCUCGGCGCGGGAGCGGUGACCGUCGGUGCCACCGUGGCUGCGGACGCGUCCACCCCCGUCGCGGCGGCGUCAGACCCGUACGCCCGGCCCGCGGCUGCUCGUCCCCUGCCCGACCACGUGACGCUGUACCAGUACGAGGUGUGCCCGUACUGCUGCAAGGUCCGCGCCAUGCUGGACUACUACAAGCUGCCCUACACGGUCAUCGAGGUCAACCCGCUCACCAAGGGCGAGCUGGCGUGGAGCACCUACAAGAAGGUGCCGGUGGUCAAGCUAGGCGAGGAGGUGGUGGUGGACUCCUCGGCCAUCAUGUCGCGCCUGGCAGUCGACGUCGCCGCCGCAGGCCGUGACCCCAUGGCGGCGGCGGCGGCGGCGGCGACGGCGGCGCCUGCCAAGGCGGCGGCGGCGCCCGCCGCUGCAAAGGCGGCUGGCGGCGGCGGCUGGUUCGGCUCUAGCAGCAGCAGCAGCAGCAGUGGAUCGGAUGCGGGGGCGGGCGCGAAGGACCAGGCGGCGGCGAGCAGCAGCAGCGGCGGCGGGGGUGCGGACGCGGUGUCGGAGGAGGUGCGGUGGCGCAAGUGGGUGGAUGAGAAGCUGGUGAAGAUCCUCACAGCCAACAUCUACCGCAACUGGGAUGAGUCUGUGGACACGUUCAAGUACAUCACGGACCAGACCGGGUGGAGCUGGGGCACUCGCGAGGUGGCGCGCUGGGCCGGCGCCGUUAUGAUGUGGCAGAUCGGCAAGCGCAUGCCCGCCAAGUACGGCAUUGAGGGCGACCUGCGCGUGGCGCUGUACGACACGGCCAACGACUUCGUUGACGGCGCGCUGGCGGGCGGCAAGAAACGUUUCGCGGGAGGCGAAAGGCCGAACCUGGCGGAUCUGGCGGCCUUUGGAGUGAUCCGGGCGGUACGGCAGACGGGCGCAUUCCGCGACCUGAUGGCCAACAGCCGCAUCGCGCCCUGGUUCGCGGCGAUGGAGGAGGCGGUGGGCGGCUCGGCGCGUGUGGCCACCACUGGCGCCAAGUCGGGCUGAGGAGGCUGAGCGGGGCGGGGCUAGAUUGUUUGUGUGUUUGGGGGUGGGGUGGAGGUGGAGGGAUGCAGCGAAGGUGGAGGAGCAGAGAGGCGGGAGGGCCAUGUCUGGAUGCAGCAGCUUAUGUGCAUGUAAGGGCCGGGGGCUGGAGGCGGGUGAUGGAUAGUGGGUGGCGCGCGUCUGGCAACGCGGCAUUGCUUUAAUUGUCUGUCGAACGGACGGGCGACUGGAUGGGGUGUCACCAGACAAGACUCGGCCAGACAGUGUAUGCGGCAGCGUGUAGCGUAAUGUGAGCUGCCCUUGGCUUCAGCUGAGCUUGCCGGUGUCGAGAUUCAUGUGGAAUUGCGGCUGGUGUAGGCCUUGGCUCGAGUCGGCUGGGGUAAAAGGAACGAUGCAUCAUUGCCGAUGUCGUAUCUACUCUUGAAUUAUCAGCGAAAACAGCAGUAUUAUGUGAGACAAGAGUGGGUCAGGCCAAAAGCACGAUCAGUUACACGUGAUUGGUCAACCCGGUCAACG